AUGAGUUGUUUACCAUUAAUUCCAGAAUAUGUAGUUGUAAAGAUUAUAGAGAUUGCUUUUCAAAAUAGAUGGACAAGAUUUGAUUGGAGAUUAUCGUUGGCCACUCUGUCAUGGCGUUAUUUCAAUCAUUUAUCAAAGUCGGUUGAUACGUUCAAUCUCUUUGAUAGAACCGUUGUUUCUCAUGUUACCUCCCCAUAUUGUUUGAUGCGUGAGCCACGAACUAUUUAUACAUCGCUCAGUAAUCUCAACCGAUUGCUGCGAGAUCCGCUGUCUGCUGGCUUCUUGACUACACCAUCGCCAUUCACCACCAACGUAGAGCAGUUGGUUAUCGUUGAGAAUUCACUCUUCUCAAUGGUAUCAAUCAUUGACAUUUCAAACUUUGUAGCACAACUGCCAAAUUUGGUUCGCUUCCAUUUGGAAUCUAAUUUCAAUACGAUUACACCAAACACCUUCUCGAUUCUCGAGUCGACGGAUGCGAAAAUUGUUGACUUUCAAUACUUGGCACCGAUGCCCGCCGAUUCCACUGCUCUAGUCUCGCUUAUUCGAAAGCGUGCACCGUCACUCCAGAGACUGGAAUAUGGACAUCGAUCGCUCAUGAUCAGCUACGAGAAUGAGAGGAUCAUUUAUAAUGAAAUUAUAUCACAACACCAGAGUUUUACACAACUGAGGUCGCUCACUUUGCAAUGUGGUGUUUCAGAUACUCUCAACUUUUUCACUUUGUUACUGGCGUUGCAGCAAUUGGAGUCACUCGCGUUGAUGUGCACCUACAAGGCAGAGGCCGUAGCGAGGAAACAACUGGCAAGCUUUCUAAAUCAUCACGAUGCACUGAGAGCAUUGAAAGUUACCUUUUUGUUUGACAGCCAGCUCACUGCAGCAGUGAACAGUCGACAGCGACUCAGAAGCAUUGUGAUGUCACCCAACGUCAAGCUAACACAGAAAUAUGCAGAUCUUUGUUUCACUUCGUUGGAUUGCUUAAAGCUGAGCAGUAAACUACUGGCUCAAACAAUAGAGUUGAAUCUCAGUGGAAUCAACAAUAUUCGUACGCUCCAUAUCGAUUUGAAUCAAGAGGAAGCAAUCUCACUGAACGAAGGUUCACUGGCAACCUUUAUCGAGACAAACAACACAUGUAGACUAUUAAAGACACAAUAUACCGAACGAAUAGUAGGUGCUUUCGCAAACAAUACAUCGAUAGAUACAGUUGUUUUCAAAUCACUCGAACAAAACAAUCCUUUCUUUGCGCCAACAUUCCAACAAGCAUUAUCUAAAAACAGUACGGUCAGGAAUAUCUUUAUAUAUGACUAUAGUCAACCAGCGACAAAUAAACAUAUUCUCAGAGAACUGUUUAACAGAGUGGAGCAAGAAACACAGUCGGUAUCCAACCAGUUUAUUCUAUUAAAUAUUCGUCAAUAUAUUGAUGAGUCAUCAAUGAUGACAAGUGAGAUGUCUUGUACAGUUGUGGAAUAUACUAAAAUAAGUUAA